AUGUCCAGCGGCAAGAUCCUCGUCCUCAACGGGCCCAACCUGAACCUGCUCGGGGUGCGCGAGCCGCAGAAGUACGGCUACACAACGCUCGUCGACAUUCUCGCCGGCCUCGAGGCGCGCUGUGCGGCCGCCAACGUCGCCAUGGCUGCGUUCCAGUCGAAUGCCGAGGGCGCGAUGAUCGACCGCAUCCACGCGGCGCGCACCGACGGCACGUCGUUCAUCGUCAUCAAUGCCGGCGCAUGGACCCACACGUCCGUCGCCCUCGUCGACGCCCUCAGCGGCAUCGACGUGCCCUUUGUCGAGGUGCAUAUCUCAAACACGCACAAGCGCGAGGCGUUCCGCCACCACUCGUACCUCUCGGCCAAGGCCGUCGGCGUCGUGCUCGGCCUGGGCACCUACUCCUACACGGCGGCCGUCGACUACUGCCUCGACCAGCUGGCGCAGGCGAGCAGCACCGAGAAGCGGUAG